AUGGCGCCGCCGGAGGGCAGGGGGUGCACCCUCGAGGAGAAGGAGAGCCGCGAGGACCAGCCGUGGGACGAAGACGGCUUGCGCCUCGGCGAGCGGCGCGGCGAAGGGACGGAUGGGCUCCUUGAGAGCGGCGGCGGUGGCGAGCGGCCCUUUGAGAUGCUGGUGCUGCGCCCGAGCAAGCGGCCAAGCAGAUGCUGCUGCGGCGGGGCUGGCGUAGCGGGAGGAGAAGCAGCGACGAAGCGAGGGAGCUUUGGCGCAGCCGGGCAGGUCGCGUUCAAAUGCCCGGAACGGACGUCACAGUGGUGUCCGGCCGGCGCGAUCACCGAGCUGUGA